UUCGCCUCCUCCUCACAGCUUCUCUCCUGCUUUCUAGGAAGAUCAGCCCAUCUACAUGGCGGUGAAGGGCGUGGUGUUUGAUGUCACUUCUGGGAAGGAGUUUUAUGGACGAGGAGCCCCCUACAAUGCCUUGGCCGGGAAGGACUCCACCAGAGGAGUAGCCAAGAUGUCCCUGGAUCCUGCAGACCUCACCCAUGACACUACGGGCCUCACGGCCGAGGAGCUGAAAGCCCUGGAUGACGUCUUCACCAAAGUGUACAAAGCCAAAUAUCCCAUCGUCGGCUACACGGCCCGAAGAAUCCUCAACGAGGACGGCAGCCCCAACCUGGACUUCAAGCCCGAAGACCAGCCCCAUUUUGACAUAAAGGACGAGCUCUGAUGUUCUGUCUGUAGGAGCAGGUUCUUGGGAGGGUGGGGCAGAGAGACACUUGGCUCUCUGGUCCCCUGGGUCUGAAUAAAGCAGACGUCUGACCGGGCCGCCGGACGCCUUUACUGUCCUGGGUCACGUGCUCUGUGCACCUGGGUCUCCUGCCCACACGCCAGCCCGGGUGGUAGUAGCAGCCUCGUCAGGGUCCCUCUGGGUGGCUGAAUUAACCAGUGACUUUCAUUUCUUCUUUGUUGUUUUUCUGUACUUGCCACAUUUCUUACUGUGACCAUGUUUGCUUUAGAAUAAGCACAGAAAUAAACUUAUUUUCAUAAAAGAA